AUGUUACUUCAAAAAAGUGUUAUUACAAUCAUAUCUGAUAAUGGUUCGGAUUGGGGUACCGAUUGUAUGGCGAACAUUUAUAACUUAGGAAGAUUUCGGGAAGAACAAAAAUUGGAUGCAUUUAUCUGGAUUAACUACGCUCAAGGACAUAGUUGUUUUAAUCCAAUUGAGCGUAUGUUCUCAAGAUUAACUGAUUUAUUACAAGGUGUUAUUAUUGAUUUGGAUUCAUCAUUUAAAGAAACAUCACAACAACUGAAUAUAACAUUGAUUGAUUUAUGUAAAUACUGA